UUUGACAUUUGUUCAAUGCAAUAAUUAAAAGUGUCAACGAAAGUAAUUGUGUCGGAUGCUGUGUGAGAAGAGUGGAUGCUUUAGCGUUGGUGAAGUGAAAAAUCCAAAUUUUUAUAGAUUGGAACAUUUGGAAGAUGCCGUACAACGAGAGGUUAGGUUUGAAACAAAACUACGAAAAUGAUUUCAAGCUUAAAUCGAAUGCGCAAAAUCAAAGCAGUUCGCAGUGUGGACUUCAAACCAAUUGGCAAUUGGCAAACACACCAAAACGCCAACCUCUCGAACCCGUUAAUGGCGAAUACCCAACAGUUACAUCUCAAGCAGCCGCUGUGUUGGAAUCCCCAACAAAACUGAAUGACUUGAAUUAUGAUUGUCUGGAACACAUUUUCGGUGGCUUUUGUUUGGUAGAUUUAAUUGGUAUUGGCGGCACAUGCACAUACCUACAAUCGGCUACCUGUCGCUAUUUCCAAACAAAGUUUCGGAAGCACACUGUGUUCAUCGAUUGUGAACGAUUCCCAAACUACAGCAUUUCCAGCGGAGCUGUGCAUCAAAGAACUAACAUUGGCAGCGAUAUCGAAGCGUUCAUGUUUGUAUUUGGUGCGGUGCUAUCCAAAUUGGCUAUCGUCAACAUGUGCCCAAUGCUUCAAGUGGAUCCAGAGCGUUUGGAGAGCGACGCAAAAAUCCAGCGUUUGAUCGAAAAAUAUUGUCGAAAUCAUUUGCGUGAGAUUAGUUUCCGGAAUUGUGGCAAGCUAACAAUGAACCAUGCGCAACCGUUAGAAGAAGUGGUAAAGGUGUCCUUCGAUCAUUGUGUCCUGGGUGAGAAGUUGGCAAACUUUGAUUAUAUGUUCCCAAAAUUGAAAAGACUUGAUUUGAUCGAUUGUGACGUCAGAGGUGUUCGCCGAAGUAUCGAAAAGUAGGUUUAUUUUAGCCCAGGAACAUUCAAUAAACGAUGAAUUGAAAGAAAACGAAAUAAAU